CAGCCGGCCGCGCGAGAAAAAGGCAGCGAGCGGCGGAGACAAGAAACAGAGAGGGAAGGAGGGAGAAAGGUGGGAGGGAGCAGCGUAAACGAGCGGAAGAGCCUUUAAUGGGAGGGCUGCGCGGGGCGCCGAAGGGUCCUGCUGCUGCUGCCUCUGCAGUUGCCAUGCGUUGGCCCAGCUGAAGGGCGCCUCCAGAAGCCCCAUGGCCCUGCGCAACGGAGGAGGAGAAGGAGGCAGCGUCCCUGCCCCGACGCCCUUCUCCAUCCAAGCCAUCCUCAACAAGAAGGAGGAGCGGGGCUUCAUGCACAGGCGGCUGCAGCUCCCGCCUCCGCCGGCAGGGGGAGCCCUCGCCAGCCCCGACGCCUGCUGCUGGAAGCUCUUCCAUCACCACCACCACCAGCAGCAGCAUCCCGCUUUGGGGCCCUCCGCUCAGGCUGCUUGGGACUACGACUCGGCCCUGAGCGAGGAGCGGGAGGAGGAGGAAGAGGACGACGAGGAGGAAGAAGAAGACGAGGAGGAGGAGGAAGAGGAAGAGGAGGAAGGCGCCCUGCUGAGGCCUCGCCCCGAAGGCUCCGUCAAGGACGACGCGGAGCAGCCCGACGGAUCCUCAGCAGACCGCAGCCGCCUGGAGGACCCCAACGAGGAAGAGGAGGAGAUCGCGGCGUGUCCUCGCAGCCGCGGGGCCGGACAGUGCAGCCAGGAGCUCCCUGGAAGGGAGAAGGAGGCGGCGGCGAGAGAGGCGGCGAGAGAAGCUCCAAGAGCAUCCUCCUCUUCCUCCUCCUCGUCGUCCUCCUCUCCGAUGGCAGCAGCCCCGCCGGCGCCUCCGAAGGCGAGGAAGAAGCGCUCGCGGGCCGCCUUCUCGCACGCGCAGGUCUUCGAGCUGGAGCGGCGCUUCAACCACCAGCGCUACCUCUCCGGGCCGGAGCGGGCCGACCUCGCCGCCUCGCUCAAGCUGACCGAGACCCAGGUCAAGAUCUGGUUCCAGAACCGGCGCUACAAGACCAAGCGGCGACAGCUGGCCGCAGACCUCCUGGCCUCCGCGCCCGCCGCCAAGAAGGUGGCCGUCAAAGUCCUGGUCCGCGACGAUCAGCGCCAGUACCACCCGGGGGAGGUGUUGCGGCCCCCUCCGCCGCCCCCGCACCCUCACCCGCCGCUGCUCCACCUCCCGCCGCCUUACUACUACCCCUACUACUGCCUGCCCGGCUGGGCUCUCUCCGCCUGCGCCGCCGCCGCCGCCGGGGCCUCCCAGUGACCCCCAAUACACAAAGACACCCUCCUCCAACUUCUUGGGAUGCUUCCAGACAAUCCGGACCUCCCCCUUUCCCCUCCUGAAGCGCAAGACCCCCACCUCCUUUCCUCCCUGGAAUUGGGUGCCCCCUGAUUCUAAGACUUUCGCCCCACAUACAGGGCUCCCCCCGGAGAAGGACCCUCGGGAGCCUUGCCAGUUCGAGCACUUUGCGGUUGUAUGGAAAUUGUUCUUGUGACGAUAAUUAUUGUUAUUAUUUUUAUAUUCAAUGUGAAUAUCUUAUUCAGGCCUUUUUUGGGGCGGGGCGGGGAAGGGAGGAAUCUUAAUCGCCCUCCAAGUGCCUUUCUCUCCUCCUUUCUCCUCCUUUUCGGAGUCUUGCUCUGGAUCUAUACUGCCCUAUACCCCCGGGACUUAAUCUCAGAUUAUCUGCUUUGCAAUGGGGUAUAUGAGUCUGCACCAGGCAUGGGCAAACCUUGGCCCUCCAGGUUUUUGGGACUUUUUAAUUUAUUUUAUGUAGGACAUUUAUAUCCCGCCCUUCUCACCCCAAAGGGGACUCAGAGGGUGGCAUCAUUCCAUGCCCGAACAACAAUCAUUAAAAGCAAUUAAGCAACCAUUUAAGGAGACCCCAGUGGCGCAGUGGGUUAAACCCUUGUGCUGGCAGGUUGCUGACCUGAAGGUUGCCGGUUGGAAUCCAACCCAGGAGAGCGGGGAUGAGCUCCCUCUAUCAGCUCCAGCCCCAUUCGGGGACAUGAGAGAAGCCUCCCACAAGAAUAGUCAAAACAUCUGGGCAUCCCCUUGGCAACAUCCUUGCAGACUGCCAAUUCUCUUCCACAAUGAUGGUAAAAACAUCAAAACAUCUUGGCAUCCCCUGGGCAACUUCCUUGCAGACAGCCAAUUCUCUCUCACCAGAAGCAACUUGCAUUUUCUCAAGUCGCUCCUGACAUAAAAAAAUCAUUUAAAAACAACAUAGGUAAACAUUAGACGACUAUUGUGCAUAGAUCUAAAGCCAGGUAAUCAGAUUCAUCAAUCCAAAGAGGAUUGCAACUAUAUUGCACAGGUAAUUAUGCUGGACCAAAUGCUUGCUCCCAAAGCCAAGUUUUCACUUGUUUGCAAAAUGUCAGGAGGAAAGGGGCCGAUUUAAUCUUACAGCCCAGGGACCACCACUGAAAAGGCCCUGUCUUUCUUUGCCUCCGGGAUGGUUCAUAGAGAGAGAUACCUUCUGACAGGUGACUUGGGCCAGGCCUUCAGGGGUUUUAUAGGCCAAGACGAGCACUUUGAAUUGUGCUGGGUAGCAAACUGGCAGCCAGUGGAGCUGAUGCAGCAGGGGGGGUUGUGUGUUCCUUGUAUACAGCUCCCAUUAACAAUCUGGCUGCCUGUUCAGUGGUUCCCAACCUUUGGGCCUCUGGGUGUUUUGGACUUCAGCUCCCACAAUUCCUAACAGCUGGUAAGCUGGCUGGGUUUUCUGGGAGUUGAAGUCCAAAACACCCAGACUUCAAAGGUUACCCCAGGUAGAGUGCUUUGCAGUAGUCUAUACGAGAUGUCAUAACCAAGCCAGACUUCCUAAGGUACUUGCGUAACUGGCAGCUGGUAGGCUGUUAGGAAUUGUGGGAGUUGAAGUCCAAAACACCUGGAGGGUCAAAGUUUGCCCGGGCCUAGUCAACACUUCCACAUAAAUUGGGAAAAGCAGACAAUCUGGGAUCCGAUCUUGGGAUAUUGGGCAGUGUAGAUCCAUCCUCCGGAGGUCCCAGUUCAACCUUCGUGCCUUUCUCUUUUGGAGAAGAUCUGCACUCCUUAUUUCUCUCUGUCUGCUCCCCACCAAUUGUGAAUAUGUGUUUGUUCAUUUCUUCCAUCUGUAUUUCUCCCUCUGUGUGUUUAUUUUUAAUUUAUAAAGUUCAGUUUAACUCUU